AAUUAAAAUAAAAAACUCAAUGUACUAUGGGAAACAGUGGAUCUCAGUCAAAUAAUGAAAUUGAUGACGAUCCUAUUACUGAACCAAGUCUUGAAAAGUUAGAGAAGGAUUCUGUUGAAGAUGAUGGAAUCCUGGAUUUAAAUGUACUAUUUGACCUUAAACAACUUCGAACUGUUUCAGAUAAGAUAAAGGAAGACACAAAUGUAAAUACACUUCAAAAACAUUAUACGUCACUAAUAAGAUGGUUAGAGGAAAGGCGUUCAAGAGGAAUGGAAACUGUAACGUUGAUACAAUUUGUCGACUCUUUUGUAAAUAAAGGAGCAUCUAAAGAAGUUGCAACUGAGAUUUUCCGUCAAUUUGACGUUGAGGAAAACGGAGUAGUUGAUCUUGAUUACUUACACGAGAUGCUAGACUUGUCUAAUAGAUCAUUUUCUGGUUUUAUGAGUGUUAAAGAUGAUAUGAGAACAGUAAACAAACUUUUGCAAGACUGUCCUUUAUCUCCAGGUUUCAUUGAUGCAUUUACAGAUAAUAAAACAGAACAGCUCAACCACAGUGAAAGACUCUACAAGUAUCUUUCUCAUAAUCGUGCAUCAAGUCAAUCUCUACCACUUCCAGCUUUAAAAUGUUUUAUUACAAAGACAGACAUGAGAAUGAAAGUUCUGACAGCACACUUAAAAGCUUUAAAAGAAAAAGCAGAUAGCAGAAAACAAGAGCCUACAUUGCAAGCUGACGAAGUUUUAAAGCCUAUUGCACGCUGUUUUACUAGUGUAGAAGUUUCAACUAAUAAGAAUAAUGCAUUUAAAUUAAUGGAUAAUGAUAAUGCAACUUAUUGGCAGUCAGAUGGACCAGCUCGUUCACAUUGGAUAAGAUUAAAAAUUCCGCCUAAUGUUGUUAUUAAGCAUUUGUCUAUGUAUGUUGCGUCAUCUGAUCAGAGUUAUAUGCCUAAUCAUGUUGUAAUAUAUGGUGGAAAUUCGGAUUCUACUUUACGAGAGCUAAAUGAUGUUCAGAUCCCAAAUCAUAUUACUGGUGAUUUUACACUGCUAGAAAAUUUUAAAGUGCCUUACCAUAUUAUUCAAAUUGCUAUUAAGCGUUGUCAUAGUGAUGGCUGUGACACAAGAGUGAGACAAAUAAAAGCCAUUGGCUACAGGGUUAUUAAAUCAAAAGGAGUUAGUGUGAUGGAUGCAACAGCUAUGUGGUAUUUAUCAGUAUUAGCUUCAACAGCACAAGCUGCUCUGCCUAUUGCACCUCAUCUACGUGAAUCUAUAAUAUCGCAUACUAGGUCUUCUUUAUAUCACAUGGGUCCAUUAUCAUUGUCUGCAUCAUCAAUUGAAAGACCUGGGUUUUUAUCAAAUAGUGUUAUGGAACAAAUGGAGAAAUUUCUCCACACUAUUAUUUGUUGUAAUGACUCUGUUGAGCCGGAUGAACUAUUAAUUUUGCUUCAGUUUUCUGUUGCUCGUGGAAAUUUGGGAAGUAUAUUGGAAGUGUUGAAGCUUAUUUUUGAAAAAAUAACAUUAGAAUAUCGCGCUUUUCUUCUGCUUCAAAGUUUAUCAGAGACUAAAGAGCAUGCUAUUAUAAAACAUGGGCAAAAACUUCCUGUUGUUGUCUUAUGCUGUGAUGGAGGUGCUAAAGAUAAAGGUCCUUCUGUUGUUCUUCAAGAAAAUACGAAAUCUGGUGAUACAUACUUCACUUCUAAUGGAAAAACAAAGUGCAACUUCACUUUUGGUUUAAAAUCAGGAAAUCUCAUUCAGUUAACAAGAGUUUCUAUGAAGUUUUCGAAAGGAGCCUGGUGUCCAAAAGCUGGGCUUAUAUUUGUGUUUGAUGCUGAUAACAUAAAAGAUGAAAAUGGAGAGACAUUUUACCAGUCUUUGGAGAAAUAUGAUACAUGCAGUGAAGAAGAAUAUAAAAAAUACAAAGAAAGAGGAUUUAAUGAUGAUGAAGUUUCUCCUUAUGAUCCAGUUGCCUUUUUUAACAUAGACAAAGAAUGGAUUGAUUGGGAUGUGCCAGUUGACAAAAUCAAAACAGGAAGUUGUGUUACAAUAAAGUUUUUGGGCCCUCGUCAAGAUACUGCUGAAUGUCUUGGAAUUAUAAGCAUAUGUUUGUACGGCUAUGAGCAAAGUGAAAGAUCUUCUCAGCAAAUUAUAAAACUAAAUAGCCAAUUCUCUUCCUUGUCAGAGGAAGAUGAUGCUGCAGUGCCUGGUGUGAUUGUCUUUUUGCAAGUGUUAAAUUUUUUACAUAUUAUGUCUAAAGAUGCGGUUUAUGUCAAACAAAAAGCCAAAGAUUCUACUGAAGUUAAGGACUGUAUAAUUGAUGCAAAUGAUGUUACCAUGGAACAAAUAUGGAACUUGUAUAAGCAAGUAAAUCAGAGUUCAUUAUAUCCUGAAGAAUUACUAUUGGCUCAAGAAUUACUUUUAUUGCUGUUUCACAUUGUUUUACCUUACUUGAAACCUGGAGCGCAGAGGCAGAACAAAGAAAAAAAUAAGUCAAAGAGAACGCAGCUCGAAAAGUUUGAAAAAGGGCCAAAUGAAUAUGAGGCUGAUGUUUUCCAAUCUCUAUGCGACAUUGUUGACAAUGGAUCUUCAAGUUUAGCAACAUUUGCAAAAGCAGUUAUUCUAGAUGGUGCUGAAGUGUUUUUCCCAGAUGCCCAAACCAGACGUCUGCAUUUAUUAUCGUUGGUUGAUAAAGUAUUGGAAGAUGGGAAAGCAACUUCUCUUGCUUGUACUUUUGAAUCAUUAUGCAAAUUUUUUAGUAACAAAGAUGCAAGUGGUUUGCUUGGUCUGCCAGAUCAUUUACCAAAAGAAAGUUUUCAACCAGAGUCCGUGAUUCAAGUAAUGAAGACUCUUAUCUCAGUCGCAUGUAGAGAAAGUAUUUCUGCAAUGGAGGGUGGUGGAGAGAAUGAUUCUCCAUCUAAUUUAGUAUCUUUGCUAUGUGCUUUGCAAAAAAGUUUCUUGGCAUGGUGCCACUUACAGUGUGGUUGUAAUAUAUCAAAAAAUAUUGUGAUGGAUAUUUUGUUAGAAUAUGUUGGCAUGAUUUGUAACAGUUGCAAUAAAGUUUUCGAACUCAUGUGCACAAGUAAAUACAUUGUAAAUGUGAUUGAUAAACUUGAGCAAUCUUUUGUGUCUAUUGCGAUGCGACAACUUAUUUUAUUCUUAAACUUGUUUUUAACAAUGGAGAUCAAUUAUGUUGCUUUACUCAAUAAACUUCAGCCUUUAGCUUAUACACUUCAGAGAAUGUCAGACUUGUUUCCUGAAUUUUUUUUGCAAGAUGACACAUGUACUUCAGAAAAUUCUACAAAGCAUAUUGUCUUACGAGAAUGGGAGUGUGAAUCGAACCAUGAUUACAUGAACAACAGUUCCGUAUCUAAGGUGUUUAAUUGCCCAGGAUGUUCAAGUUUCAAAGUUGAAUUUGAUCCAUUGUGUGAAACAGAGCGAAGGUAUGAUUAUUUGGAGUUUACUGAUUCAUUGGGUAGUAAGACUCGGUUCGAUCAAAAAGUUGGCAGUGAAACAUGGCCCAAUGUUGUAACAUUUGAUGCUGGUCAAAAGCUUCAUUUUUUAUUUCAUUCUGAUGGAAGUAAAGUUUUCUGGGGAUACAAAUUCAAGGUUUAUGCAAUUGGGAAUCCUGAUCUUGCAAUAAGUUGGAUCUUUGAUUUACAAUUGACAUUAUGGAAGUUUUUUGGGUCUUUUUGUGGAAGUGCUUUAGAUUCAAGAAAAGCAUUGGGUUCAUUAAAUUCAAGUGAAGAAAAUGACAAUAAUGAGGAACAAGCUCUUUUACAUAGUAAAUUGUGGGCCUCAUUAUUUAGAGGAGGAUACUUAAUUGGCAAGCUUGAGCGAUCAUUAUCUGGUUUUCAUCAAAACAAUCCUUCAGACUGUGAAGUCAGCACAUUUUUGAGCUUUAUUGCAACAACCAAAACACCUCAAGCAGAAGAAUUUAUUUCAAGAUGUAAACUUCUAUCAAAUCCAUUGAACUUAGGAGGUGGAGAAAUAGUUGACUCAACAAUUAAUGCAGUGUUUGCUGCGCUUAUUUGGCACACUCAAGAGCUGCGUGAAAAAGUUUGUAGUGUUCUUCUUAAUCCUUGUGCAGAUAUACCAACAUGUUUUGUUACUGCAUAUACCUCUGCAGAAAGUAUAAGAAGAUCCCUUCUCUUAAAACGUCAGAAUUAUGUAAUCCAAGAGGAGCAACUUACAAAUAAUGGUGGCCAGCCUGUUGAUCUUGAUACACCUGUGAUUAGUUGUCGUGAGAAAGCAUUGUUUUUGCUCAAGUUUGCUGGCCUCUCUAAACUUGCUUCUAAAAAACAAUUAAACCAACAUAGUACUGAUCGCAGACCAAUUUUGAAUCGUAGUUCAAAGUCAUUUGUUAAACAAGACUCUAUAGAAUCUAAACGCAGUAAUUCACUAUAUCAUGAUGAUUUUCAUGAAAAGUUUCCUUCAUUUCAAAUGGUUUUAGACUUCGUAACAAAUGACACUGUGUCACACACAAAGAUCCAGGAACUGUUAAAACACAGAUCAAAGUAUGCCACCACUAUUGCUGAUGUUUAUUUAUUUGCCUCAGAUCUUCUCUCCUGCAGUGAAAAAAAAAUCCAGUUUCCUACUAUAUUGUUUUUGCAAAACCUACUUAUGUUUCAAGAUCAUCUUCCGUUACAUUAUUCAAACUUUUUAAAUGGUUGUGGUCUGGAAAAAGAAAGUAGAGUCCGCAAAAAUUUUUAUUCACUAAUUCGCCGAUUGGUUGAUAUAAUUUUUUCAGCAAUGAAGAAACCACAAAAGAUGUCAUCAACUAAUUUCAAAUAUAUGUUGAUUUACCUACUUCAUUUGCUGGGUAUUGAAUGGAAACCAUAUGAUUUUGAGUUCAUUAUGAGUAUAAAACUUCCACAUCUUCUAGCUUUAACAUUAACAGGGACAUCUCCUCCUAAAACCAUUUACUAUGAUGAAAAAGCUGAACUGGCUAUGUAUGAGAGACAUAAAAAAUUUAAAGCAGAAGCUGAUGGUAUGGGAAUUAAAAAAUGGAAUGAAAUGGUACUGUCUACUGCUACUCCUGAAGCACAGCUUGAUAUGCAUUUAUUUAUUGCACGAUAUUCAUCUGUUUUGGAAGUAGUAGUUAAUUGUGAUGGGUGUGAUAAAGAAAUUCAUGGAAGAAGAUAUCGCUGUCUUGUUUGCACUGAUUUAGAUUUGUGUGCAGAUUGCUACUCCAAUAACGUAAAAGUUCAAGAUCAUUUUGAUCAGCAUGAAAUCGUAGAUCUGAUGUUUACCUGUAAUAGCUGCAAUGCCUUUAUAAUCGAAACAAGAAUACAUUGCAAUGAUUGUAAAGAUUUCGAUUUAUGCCUAGGAUGUUACCGUUCUGAAGUGUAUCCUAAAGGUCACACAAGUUCUCAUAAAGUAACGAUAUCUCGUCUUACUCCUGGAGGGUUAUUUCCAACAAAAGGUCUUACAACAGUUUUAUUGGCUGCCUACAUCCAUCAUCAAUCUUGGAUACAGCUUUCUUCUUUAGCCAUUAGUCUUUCAGAGUGUUUACAAAAGCGAAAAUGGGAAGGUGUGGAAGCAGUUUAUAUCAACGAUGCAAUAUCAUUAUUUUUCACAUGUCUGCAAAAGUUAGUUGGUUGUAUCAAAUCACCACCAGGUUUUGCAAAAUCAGAAUCUUUUGGAGUAUCUGAAAGUGAAGAGAUUGUUAUGAGUGUUACAACUAAUUCGUUUACACAAAAUUCAGAUAAAAACACUAUUCAUGCUUUUAGCUCCUCUCAGUCCUCAAACAUUCCUCUCACCAUGCUCUCAGAAAAAAGUGAAAAUAAUGAAGUGGAGUAUAAAAUAACUUCCUCUGAAUCUUACUUCUCUAUACAUAAAAGUGUUAUUGAUGAACCUCCUCCUCCGCUAGAAGAAGAUGAAGAGGAUAUACUUAACAAAAGUAAAGGUUCUGAAAGUAUGGAAGAAAGUCUUUCCUCUCAGUUUUCUCCUAUAAUUUCUAUAGACAACUUAGGCUCAGCAGAACCUUUGCAUGAGCGUCCUGUGCAUGACAUAAGCCGUUUAUUUAUGAAAUCAGCAACUGAUAUAAAAUCAGAAGAUACUUCUUCAGAACAGUCUAUAAACUCUAUUUUAGAAUUACCAAAAGACAAUGAAAUAGUAGACAUCACCCAUUUAUUUUUAAGACCAGAAGAUGACGUACAAUCAAAAGAUUUUUCUGCUUCUGUAUCGAAUGUAUCAGAAGAUAUUAAAAACAAUGAAAACAGUAAACCGGGUGUAUUCGAAAAAGUGUUGUGUUUGAUAGGUGCAGUUUUACCAAUUAACAAAAAUUAUGGGGAUUCUUACUUUGUGCAUUUUUCAUCAUUUGUAUCAACCAAACUUAUUCCAAUUUUAUUUGAUAUAAUUGAAAAUCAGAGCUUUGGAAUCAAAUUACGAACUAUUACUCUUGGUGUUCUGACAAAAACACUCAAAUGUUUUCAGCCCGAGGUGAUUGAUGCUGGCCUUGCAAAAGCAAGAUCCUUAGAAAUAACGUCUUUAGCUGGUGAGAUUACAAUAUCUCAGUUGUUUCAAACUGGAGCCCAGUGUUUAAAAAAUGCAGAUUUAGAUGCAGCAUCAGGAGUUGAAUCUGUUUUGCGUAACUUGUUACCCAUUCAUGCUUGGAAUAGUGCAGUAACAAAGCAAGCUAAUUCUAUUCUUUCAGAAUUGGGUAAAAAUUCAGAGAAACCAUCGUUAAUUGCAUUGUUUACAUUGAUGUUUGUUGCUGGAUUUCCAGACACAUUCAGAAUUGGCUCGUUUGCUAUUCUAAAAGAACCAGGAAGUGAUGUCAAGCAUGUCUGCAUUGUUGAAUAUCAGGUUGAAAGGAUGAUGGUAAGCACUGUAAAUUUUAAAACUCGGAAAACUGUUAUGGCAAAAGAAUCUGUUAUUGAAAUUCAAACAGGAACUUCCCAUAUCCUUGACAGCGAACGACUUACAUCUCUUUUAGUUUAUGUUAAAGAAAGCCUACCAAAUUAUGGAGCUUUAUUGGCAGUUGAAAGUAAAUGGGCAUUAGGUUUAGUUUGCAAAUCUGUAUUGAACUCACUUAAUGCUGGAUUAAAUGAAGAAACAAUUAUGCUGAUUAUUGACAGUGGAAUUGUUCCUUGUAUUGUCAAUCUUGCAUGUCAGGGAACUGGAUUUAACAAACAAUGGUUGCUAAGAGAUCUCGAGGUUUUGACUUGGAAAUUAUACAAAUUCAAUGAAGUUUCAGACAAAAAUGCAGAAAAUGCAAGUAAUGUUGAAAAACUGGAUGUUGUUGAUAGUGCCAAACCACAACCUUCUCCUUUGGAUGAUUUAGAUGAAGAUACAAAACUUUGUUUAAAGUCAAUGCAUGAAGCACUGAAUUAUUCGUACCCGAUCCUUAGAGCAAUAUAUGACUUUCACAACCAAGAUAGAGAAAAAUUGCUAGAGGAAGUUCAAAGAAGCUUUGAUGAUAGCGGGAAUCCAUCAAUAUCAGCAGAAAUUUUGGAGUUGUCAAGGAAGUGGGAGCACAAUCCAGAACCUGUUAAAAACAAAAAUGUGGUUAUAGAUUCUGCACUUGAUUUUGGUAUUCUAAAAUUUCAACCAGAAAAAGUUGAGCUUAAAGGUAUGCAGGCUAAACCGGAAUCUUUCGACAAUCCAAAUAAGUUGAUUGCAACAUUAACAGAAGAAGAAAUCAAUGCAACUCGUUAUAAGCAAAGAAGAUUUAAAUCAUCUGAAUUAUUGAAGGAAGAGUUAAAUAAUAAACAGAGAGCAAAUCAUAUUGAAUUUUUUAAACAACUCACACAUGCGGUAUCAGUUGGUUAUGCUAGGCAUCUUGUAGGCUGGUUAUUUGCUGUCUGGCCUAAAUCCAUUGAUAUAUACCCAAUGCUAGGUGAUAUUGAUCCUCAUCAAAUUGUUGGCCUGUUGGAUCUUAUACAGAGCAAUGAAAGUAAAGAACAUUUUCAAAAGGUUGUAUUCAAUUUCAUUCAAUGUUGCAGCAAGCCUCUUGCCUUACCAGCUGUUCAGUGUAUGGGAGAAGUUCAAUUACCAAGUAUCACAGUGGAAUCAGAACAUAAAUAUAAAAAUAAUGCAAAAAUAGAGGACAAAGUUUGUAUUCCUGGAGCAUCAAGUCUUUUUGUGCGGUUUGAUGAGAGAUGCUCUACAGAAUACAAUUGUGAUGAACUAAUUUUAUCUACAUCACCAAAUUUACAGCAGAACAGAAGAGUUUUUAGUGGCUCUGGCGAUUGGCAGGAUUUUGAAAUGCCAGGAGAUACAAUAUAUUACCAAUUCACUUCUGAUUCAAGUAAUAAUGACUGGGGAUGGAAAUUUGUGGUUACAGGAGGACAAUUAGGAAGAUUUGAGACUGGUUGUACAAUUCUAAGUGCACUUCUCUCUCAAGACCAUCAUGUAGCAAGAAAGCUGCCAUUAAAACAUUUAUGGACAUGGCUAAUUGUUGUGGCUUGCAAUCAGGUUGGUCAACAAAGACUAAUGGCAACUGGACUUUUAUUGCGAAUACUACAAAUUUGCGCUGGGGAUGAGUAUUUGUUUGGUCCUGAUAUUGAACCCACUUUACCGAAAAAUAGACCUGAUUUAUCUUUGCUUCGACCUCUUUGGACCUUGUAUACUAAUUCAAUUGAAGGGGACUCGGGCACUAGUUUAACUUUAAUAUCUCCUGUUAUACGUGGUUUAUCUGAACUUUUUCUAGUGGUAGAAAAUGUUGCCCAGGAUUGGGGAGAAGCAGAUUGUCUGGUGGCUGGAUUAGCUUCCGACGAGAAGCUUACAAAAUGCUUUUCGAAGGCAGUCCGAGUUAUUGCAGCAAUUGGAUUGGCUAUUGAUCUACCGAACAAAGCAUUUGAUAUGAUACAAAAUGCUCGUAAUGUUCCGCCUCCAUCUACGACGGGACUAAUAAAUGACCACCAAGAAAUUUCUUUUAACAAGAGAUCUACAAUUUCAUUGCGAAUCACUGGUAGUGAUGCGUCGAGCGAUCCAGAAGAUUGCUUGUUAACCGAUUAUUCAGAUGAAGGAGACGUUGUUGAUAAUGAUGACAACGAUGAUGAUGAAGAUAGUGAUGACGGUGAUGACAUGAGUUCAGAUUUAUCGGAACCAGAGCCUCCACCCUUGUAACAUAUUUUACAUUUGGUUUUAAUCUUUUGCUUUGUUCCUCUGCCCUAAAAUUUCUGCUAAAAUAAAACUGCAGUUAUAUAUUUUUAUAAUAUUAUUUAAUUUUUUCGUUAUAUAAUUUUUGUAUAGAUAUUUUAUACAGUUCUCUGGUCCUUUAAUAUCACUGUUUGAACAUUUACAAAUAAAGAUUUGUUGUUUUACAUAUUUAUAACUUGAUUCACUAUCUUAGAUAUGUUUCUUGUUUUAACGAAAACUAUGUAAAUUAUUCCUUUGAACGAUAGAUUUUACAGAGUUUUUUGUUUA